CUUUUCAGUCUUUACGUCAACGCUGCUGCCAGUAACCCGUUCUUUCCGGUGUUAUGGCCGCUUGCAGUGAAGGGGACAGUUAUAUGUGGUAAUGGUGAAUGAAGCGGUUGUUUUAGGCAGGGGUGUUUGGUAUGGCGGUGACGCAGCUGCUUCGGCUUGUUACCUGUCGUUCGACAGCUCGUGCGACCCUUUGCGCGCAGAGGAAGUACAGCAAGGUGAAUGCAUCUCCUGCCUUAUCUGAACGACUGCAGAUCUUUGAGGCUCUCAGGGAAAAACGUGGAAAUGGGAAGCGUUUUGAAUCGACAGAAAUGCCCCUCCGUAUCCGGCUGGUUGACGGCCGGAUAGUUAAGGGAACAGCUGGUGUCACCACACCGCUCUAUGUUGCUCGGAGUGUGAGAUUGAAAGGAGCCCUGGUGAGUAAGGUGAAUGGGGAACUCUGGGAGCUUGGACGACCCCUAGAGGCAGACUGUGAACUACAACUUCUGGGGUUUGAUACAACUGAGGGAAAGCAGGCAGCCUGGAGAACAGGGGCGUGCGUCCUCGGUGGAGUCUUGGAGGGCAUGUUUGGUGCUGAGGUGUGCAGAGAAGGAACGUCAGAGUUCGGGCUUUUCUGUGAUUACCUGUUGGACAACAGUUUUUUGUCUCUGAGUGAUGUGGAGGCGAGGUGUAAGGAGGCGGCAGCACUCAAACGUCCUCUCUCUAGACUGGAGCUGAGUAUAGAAGAGGUCCAAGAGCUAUUCCAGAGCAGUAAGCUGAGGCUGCAGUUUGCUGAAGAGCAGAUGAAUGGCGCCACUGUCACAGUAUACAGGUGUGGAGACACUAUAGCGGUCUGCAACGGCCCCCUCCUCCCACACACAGGCCUCCUCACAGUCUUCAAGAUGCUGCAGCUGUCCUCUGUGACCCUGGCCAACCAGACAGAGUCCUCCGGUUUGACACGACUGUUAGGUGUGGCCUUUCCAGGUGAGAAAGAGAAGGAGGAGUGGGAGAGGAAGCAGGAGGAAGCGAGGAGGCGGGACCACAGACGCAUCGGGACGGACCAGGAGCUGUUCUUUUUCAAUGAAGUCAGUCCAGGAAGUUGUUUCUUUCUGCCUAAAGGAGCCCACAUCUACAACACACUCACAGACUUCAUUAAGUGUGAAUACCGAAGGCGAGGCUUCACUGAGGUCGUGACCCCAACGCUAUACAGCACUGCUUUAUGGGAGCGCUCUGGCCACUGGGAGCACUACAGCAAGAACAUGUUCACUGUGAAAUCAGAGGACUCUCAGACCUACGCUCUCAAACCCAUGAACUGUCCUGCACACUGCCUGAUGUUUGAGCAGCGCGUUCGCUCGUGGAGAGAGCUCCCUCUGCGAUGGGCCGACUUCGGGGCGCUGCAUCGUAACGAGCUCUCCGGCGCUCUGGGAGGUCUCACUCGCGUUCGCAGGUUCUGCCAGGAUGACGCGCACAUAUUUUGCACACCUGAACAGCUGGAAGAAGAGAUUGUGACUUGUUUGGACUUUGUGAGGAGCGUCUAUCAAGUGUUUGGGUUUUCCUUUCACUGCCUGCUGUCUACGCGACCCACGCCGUGCCUGGGGGAGCCUGAACAGUGGGACACCGCUGAGCAGCAGUUAGAGAGGAGUCUGCAGCAGUUUGGUGAACGCUGGGAAUUAAACCCAGGAGACGGAGCGUUCUACGGACCAAAGAUUGACAUCCUGAUCAAAGAUGCUAUUGGCAGACAGCACCAGUGUGCCACGAUCCAGCUGGACUUCCAGCUGCCAAUCAGAUUUGACCUUCAGUACGUCGGACGAGACGGACAGUUGCACAGACCAGUAAUGAUCCACAGAGCAGUGCUGGGAUCGCUGGAGAGGAUGAUGGCCAUACUGGCUGAAAACUUUGGAGGGAAAUGGCCUCUGUGGCUGUCUCCGGCUCAGGUCGCAGUUAUUCCUGUGGGGGGCAACAAUGAGUCGUACGGCAGGCAGGUGGUCCAGCAGUUCCAUGAAGCUGGCUUUAUGGCAGAUCUGAAUGACGAUGAGGGAGCCACCUUAAAUAAGAAGAUCCGCUCUGCUCAGCUCGCCCAGUAUAACUACAUAUUUGUGGUGGGUGAUAAGGAGCGUGAGAGUGGAACAGUGAACGUGAGGAGCAGAGGGGGUAAACAGCUGGGCAGGAGGCCGACAGAGGAGGUGCUGAUGUCCCUCACAAAGCUACGGGACACCAGAAGCAACCUCGAUGAGUUUUGAUGAUGUCCUGGAAAUAAUGACUCACUGAUGAAAUGUUUGUUUUACAUGUUCAGCCUGUUGCACUUUGGCUUUGUCUGAAGAAGCGGCUGGUUAAAGUUGGAAUAAAAGUAUAAAACACUGA